GCCGGAAACUCCGUAGAAGAAGAAACGGGAGGUGGUAGAAUCGUGUGAGUGAAGGGCCAAGACAGCCAAAAAGACACAGAAACAUCAAGAAAUACUUUCACAAUGCUUCCACUAUCUCUACUGAAGACUGCCCAGAACCAUCCUAUGCUGGUGGAGCUGAAGAACGGGGAGACGUACAACGGUCACCUGGUCAGCUGUGACAACUGGAUGAACAUCAACCUGAGAGAAGUCAUCUGUACCUCCAGGGAUGGAGAUAAGUUCUGGAGGAUGCCUGAGUGCUACAUCAGAGGAAGCACCAUCAAGUACCUGCGAAUCCCCGAUGAGAUCAUCGACAUGGUGAAGGAGGAGGUGGUGUCAAAGGGCCGUGGACGUGGAGGAGCCCAGCAGAACAAACAGCAGGGCAAAGGGAGAGGAGGAGGAGGUCGAGGUCUGUUUGGCGGGCGUGGCCGGGGGAUGAGCGGUCCUGGUCGGGGCCAGCAGCAGCAGCAGCAGCAGCAGCAGCAGCAGCAGCAGGAUAAGAAAGCAGGCAAAGCUCCGGGGAUGAAGAUGAACCAGCACUGACCACAACACCACCAACACACCUGUUACCAUCUCCUCUCUCUGUUAGUCAGGACUGACCGCUGCACCAAUCACCAGGAGAAUAAAGAGAAGCUGUGCUUUUGCACUGAAUUUUGUUUUUUUAGCAUCUGUAAGUUGAUAUUAACAUUUUUUUUUAGUAUGCCCAUAUAUCAGUGUGUCAGUCACUCUGAAAGAACAUUUUGUAUCAUAAAUCACAUUGUUAUCCAAAAACAGAUGACAGCCAGUUGGUACUGUCUGAGGUUUUUAGUUUUUCUUUGUCAACUGGUCUCAGGUGUAGUUUUCAUGGUAAAGAAAUUACCCAGCCCCAACUUCUGUUGCCUGAUUUAUUUUUUUUAAUUGCUCUUUAUUUCUGUGUUGUGUGUAACGUUGUGUGGUUUGUCUGCUGCACCGAGCGGUAGGGUGGACGAGGAUUCAGUCCCUGAAAAUUAACACUUUUGUUGAAAGCAUUUGUAAGAUGACACAUUAUGAUCAUCAGGAUUUCCAGGAAAAAAUCCUCAUAUUCUUAAGUCUGAAAUAGAUAAGUCCAAUGUGUCAUGUUGGUUGGGUUUCAUUUUAUUUUUGUAACUAAAGACGAUGUUGUAAUUUAUUUACAUGACAACAUGAGAAUAAAACAACUUUUGUUAAA